CAAAGCCUGCAUGAGCAAAAUAAUACAAUGGCAAGCCAAACGAACAAGAAUCUCUUAUUCUUGUUUGGUUUUCUCGUUAUUACCGCCAUCUCCGUCGCCGGAGAAUCCAAACCGAACAAAAACACGACGUUGUCUGCUUCCUCCAAGGCUGUCGUAAGAUCCUCAUGCAGCUCGACGCCAUUACCGGACCUCUGUUACUUCGCCGUCGCCUCCAUUGCCGGCCAGAACAUCACUUCUCAGAAAGACGUUAUCAAGGCGUUGUUGGAUGUAACCGCUUACGCCGUUAAAGAAAGUUAUUCUACCGUUAAGGGUCUCCUUAUAACGGGGAUAGGUUUGUCUCCGAGGGCGAAUACCGCCGUUAACGAUUGUGUGGAGAAUAUAGAGGUGACCCUCGAAGAUCUCCAAGGAGCCGCGGCGAAGUUGUUGUCGUACCCUAACGGUGGAACUGGCCGGAACCAUGCCGGAGAUCUCAAGACCCUUGUCAGCUCUGCCAUUACCAACCAAGAAAGUUGUCUCGAGGGUUUCUCUUAUGAUAUCGCCGAUAUGGUGAUUCGCAGUAUCAUUUAUACCGGCGAGGUAUACAUACAGCGUCUAUGUGGCAUUGCACUAGCUUUGAUCAAGAAUAUGACAGACACCGACAUCGCCAACUCACGACCAAAGGCUCGACCCUUCAACAAGCGCAAGCUCGAGGAGGCAACAAUGGCGGCGGCCACCGACAAAGAUGGGUGGCCAUGCUGGUUAUCGGCAGACGACAGGCGACUCCUUCAAUCGAAAAGCGUUCAGCCGAAUGUGGUGGUGGCGGCGGACGGGACCGGAGAUUUCACGACGGUGGGAGAGGCGGUGGAGGCGGCGCCGAAGAAAAGGACAGAGAGGUAUGUGAUAAAGAUAAAGGCCGGAGUCUAUAGAGAGAACGUUAAUGUUCCGAGCAACAAGAUGAACUUGAUGUUCGUCGGAGAUGGUCGGACCAAGACCUUCAUCACCGGAGACAGGAGCGUCGGCGGUAACGAAGACAUGACUACAUUCCGGUCUGCUACUGUCGCUGCGGUGGGGGAAGGGUUCAUGGCCCGCGACAUCACCUUCGAGAACACAGCCGGUCCCUCGAACGAUCAAGCCGUGGCUCUACGCGUCGGUUCAGACAAAUCUGCAUUCUACAGAUGCAACAUCUCCGCAUACCAAGACACUCUCUACGUCCACUCUAAACGCCAGUUCUUCGUGAAGUGCCAUGUCAGCGGAACCGUCGACUUCAUCUUCGGCAACGCGGCAGUGGUCUUCCAGGACUGUGACAUCCACGCGCGGAGACCGAACCCAGAGCAGAGGAACAUGGUCACCGCGCAGGGUCGAACGGAUCCAAACCAGAACACCGGCAUCGUUAUCCAGAAUUGUCGGAUCGGUGCCACGUUGGAUCUCCGGGAAGCGGAGGAUGAUUUUCCGACCUAUCUUGGCCGUCCGUGGAAGAGGUUCUCACGGACGGUCGUGAUGCAAUCCGACAUCUCCGACGUGAUCCGACCUGAAGGCUGGCACUUGUGGAAUGGGAACUUCGCCUUGGACACUCUGAUUUACAGAGAGUAUGCGAACAGAGGACCAGGGGCAAAUACGGAAUUUAGAGUUAAUUGGAAGGGCUUUGAAGUAAUUACAGAUCCCGAAGAGGCUGAGGAGUAUACCGCCGACCGGUUUAUCGAUGGGGCGGAUUGGUUAUCGGAAACCGGUUUUCCAUUUAACUUGGCUCUAUAAUAAUAAUUAUUGGCGAUUAAAAAUUAAAUUGUGCAUUAUAUCCAAAAAAAGAAGUUUGUGCUUAAUAUAUGCAUCUUGUCUACCAGUUAGUGUUGAAAAAUAAGGCAGUCAGAGUCACUCGUUGGACAAUGCAAUGAUACUAUGAAGCCAUUACAUAAAUGAGAAAGAAAAUAUUAUUCUACAUUGGAUUAUAACCAAUGGUUAAUAUAUUUUUUCUUACAAUAUGAUUCCUCUCUUACAUGAUCCAAUUUAAAUUUUAGAA